AUGGGUAACCAAGUGAAAAAGUUAAAUAUUCCAACAUCUCCUGUUGAAGAACAUAAAUCCAUUGACCCACCACAUACUCCAGGUCCAUCACCAUCAUCUGAUAUGUUACAAACACCAAAAUUGCCUCCUAGUUUCUUACCAUCACCAGAAUCUUUGAGAAUUAAGAAAGUGAUAGAUUUAGGGAAGCUUAAUAAACCAGGGAAGUUAUUAUUGAAUGAUAGAACAAAAUUAGUUCCAUCAACUCCAAAGUUACAGAUGAUUGAUGAUAAAAUGGUGAGAGAUUGGAAUAAAUCAAAGAAUAUAGAUUUCAUAGAUGAAGAAGAUUUAAGAUCAAUAAAGAGAGAACCACUUGAAAAUCCAUUCCUUACAACAAAGAGUAAUACUACAAAGCCUAUUAUUAAAAAUACAAUUGAUUAUUCACAAUAUAAUGAAUUCAUAAAUAAAUCUACAGGUAAAAAAAUCAUUAAGAAAUUGAAUUCUAAGCAAAGAAUUAUCAAACCGAAAAGAUUAUUUCAACCUAAAGUUAAGUUAUUAAGUGAUGAUAAAGAAUUUGAAAUCUUUAAAGAUUAG